CCCAAUAAUAAAAGCCUCCUUCCAAGCCCAACCUCCCCUUCUCGCCCGGCACCGCAAGGCACGCUGGGAGUGGUAGUUCGCCCUCGUGAUUGGGCGAGGCGCCCGGCACGACCCGCCCGUUUCUCCUCGGGGGGGAGGAGGAAGAGGAGGAGGGCGCGCCGACGUGGAAGCAGGAGCCCCGUGGGGAGAGGCUCCGGCCGCCCUCCCCCCCCCGGCCUCUGCCCCCGCGUUCGCCGGGCACUACAAGCCCCAGCGUGCCUUGCGGGGCGCCGGCCGCAGACGCAUGGAGAACUCCAGCACCAGCAGCACCACCACCGGCAGCGGCACCAGCGGCGGCAGCCGCCGCCGCCCCCGGGGGGAGGGCGCUCCCUGCCUCCUCCCUACUCCCGGGAGAACCGAGCAGAGCGUGCCGGGCGCGAGAACCAUGUGGGUGUUCGGCUACGGCUCCCUCAUCUGGAAAGUGGAUUUCCCUUACGAGGACAAGAUGGUCGGCUACAUCACGGGCUACAGCCGGAGGUUCUGGCAAGGCAGCACCGAUCACCGCGGCGUGCCGGGCAAGCCUGGAAGAGUUGUGACACUUAUUGAAGAUCCGGAGGGCUGUGUAUGGGGUGUUGCAUACAAACUGCCAAUAGGACAAGAAGGUGAAGUAAAAGCAUACCUUGAUUUUCGAGAGAAAGGUGGCUACAGGACUACAGCUGUCAUUUUCUAUCCCAAAGAGCCCUCAGUGGAACCAUUCGAUGUGCUGUUAUAUAUUGGAACGUGUGAAAAUCCCAACUACCUCGGACCCGCACCUCUGGAAGAAAUUGCUGAGCAGAUUGUGAAUGCUGUUGGUCCCAGCGGAAGAAACACAGAAUACCUUUUUGAACUCUGCAAUUCUCUCAGGGAUCUUGUACCAGAAGAUGUAGAUGAACAUGUUUUUACGUUAGAGAAAAUAGUAAAGAAACUCUUGGAACAACAACCGACGAAUAUUAAUUCCCUAUACAAAUCAAUGUGAUACCAGACACUCUUCAUCUACAGAGUAACUUUCAUUGAUGAUAAACGUAUACUUUAGAGAAAUUCUAUCUGGACUUCAAAUAUCAGUUUUCAUGUUUCAUUAAUGGCACUACUGUUAGUAAUCAGCAAAACAAUGUUUAUAGUUAUAUCUACAGGUAUCUACAGGGGUUUAAGGGAGCUUUGAAUUUUGGUAAAAUUUUAAAGAAUGCUUUUGUUCGUGUCUCAAAUACGAAGAAUUAUUUUAGGCCCCAUUUUAAGUUUGAAAGAAAACUUUACUGGUUUUAAGUUAUUUAGGGUUUUUUUUCCUAAUUUAUUUUUGCUUUUGUUUUGUUUUUGAAAACAUGUAGUUUUAGACUACAUCCUGCACUCAGGAAGACUAUGGAUGUAAUUCUAUGCAUUUACCCCUGAUCAAGGUGGGUCUAGCUCCCAGUGAUAAACAUGUAUAGGACUGAAUGUUUAUGUCAGUUUAGACCUGAAUCACACAAGCUCAAGAAAAAGGCCAGUGGAACUUGAGCACUAUAGUCCUAAUGGAGAAAUUCUGUGUAUACUUACUAAAGAGCAAGUUCCAUAGACGUAAGAUUAACUGAAUUUAAGGUAAACAUCCAUAUGAUUUCACUGUGAAUAGCAGUUAUUCCUAUGCAAGGACUGAGUCAUUUAUAAAGCUACAUUACAAAUGUUUUCAGAAGCUGCUUGUUUUAGGACUUGUGUAUCAUUUAGUUCAACACGAUGGAAAAUGUGGCCAGAAUCCUACUAGUGAUUUAUACUUGUAUAAGGGAAAUCACUUAAACUGUGGCAACAAAUUGCCACUCACUCACAGGUGCUAGUUUCUUUUCUGAAAAAAAUGUCCAAGAACACAACUAGGGGCUUAUUAAUGACCUUGAUUUUCCUUAUGAAAGCAUAAAUCACUACUACAAUCCUGGCCAGUAGUUUUCUCUAAGAACUAUAUACCCUUUUAGAAGAUAAGGAAAUGCUUCAGAAAGGAAAUGACACUUUGUUUUUAAGCUCUUCAGAAGCAACAAAUGGCUCAUGCCAAAGAUAUCAAAAUACAUUCUAAAACAAUUAAAAUGAAGGGUAUGACUUAGAUCUGUGGUAGCAAGAAUAUUCUGAAACUCCCAUCCUUAAUCACUAGACAUUUUCCAGAAAUAUUUUCUAUUUGAGAACCUAGUCUUCAAACUUUAUUACUAUCAAAACAGAAUUUUAAUCACCACCCACAUCAUUGCUAAUACGGCAAUUUUGCUGCUCUUUCUUCCCGACUAAUGUACAGACACUAUAGUGUCCAAGACCCCAUCAUGUACAAAUCUGGCCUGCUUCAGAUCUCAGUCACAGUUAGGACUGGAACAGACUAUAGUCUUGCAUAUAACUCUUUUUUCCCUCUGUGGCAGGAUUUCCUGUGUUUUCCUUCGUUAUUGACUUUACUAAUGGGCAAACUCCCCUUAAGUCACCUCGGUUUUGCUUUGUUCAUACGAUUUCCCUUUUAAACACUCACAGAGGAGUUCAGAUAAAAGAUUAGAAUUACCUAUCACUUUCCUCUGGCAAGGAUCAUCCUUUUGUGCCAUGGAAUAUAGGGGCUGUCCUUUCCCCUGUCUCCCAGAAUGAAUGGGGAGGCAGAGGAAACUACAAAUCCCAUGCUUCCUGUCUUCUCAAAAGUAAUUUUUCCAGAAAAAGAGAUGGAGGCAGCUG